AUGGAUCUGCGGUUCGACGCCAAGGAUGACGAUGUCUUCCAACAGGACCACAAGAAGUCACACAAGAAGGCCAAGGUCGAGCACCAGUUGCCAGAGUCGGCAUCGCAGUGCACCAUCUGCCUCGACAGCUGGCAGUCGUCUGGCCCACACAAGAUAUGCUCCCUCAAGUGCGGACAUCUCUUUGGCCGAAGCUGCAUUGAGAAAUGGUUGCGCAACAACAAGCUGUGUCCGAUGUGCAAGGCCAAGGCUCAGCGGUCGCACAUCCGCCCGCUCUUUGUGCAGCACCUCAUCGUAGUUGACAAUACCGAGGAGUGCCGGCUCACGAAGCUGCUCGCCGAGGAAGCGGGCAAGCGGGAGAAGCUGGUGCGUAGCUACAAGGCCGACAUGGAACGAAUCCACCUCGAGUGUAUAGCCUACAAGCAGCAGGUGGACAAGCUGAAGCGAGAACUCGACGACGAACGAACCAAGUUUAACUGGUCUCAUUGGAAUGUGACGCAGGCGCCUUCACCUGCAGCGUAUGGCGAUGCAGACGAUACAGAACGGGGUCUCGAUGGACACGACCUCCUCGGCGGCCUUUCUAUCCGCACUGACGCCGGCGUCUGCGCCCUCUUCUCGCUCGCACAGCCCAUCAAGGCAGCCUGCUACCAAACCCCCGCCUCCCGCUCUGGCGCUGCCCUUUCCGCCGACCUUACCUUCCACGCCCCCUCCUACCCCUACUUCCACCACUUCCACUUCCGCCUCCAUUCCUGUUCCUACUGCCACUCCCUCUUCAUCGUUCCCUCUCUCCUCUCGCUCCGCUCGACCUCCGCGUCCGAGAUUUUGAUUGACGAGCCGCCCAUCUCAAUACGAGCAGACAGACCCAAGGAACUAGACAGCAGAGCGCCACUUCCUCUGGCCACGAGCCAGAUCAAGCGAAAAAUGGACACUGUACAUAAACUGUCCGUGAGGCGUUCGCGAGUUUUGGAUAUCAGCUGCGAGGGACACCUCUUGGCCUCUGCUGUGACCGGCGGGAGCGGGUCGUCCUCGAAAUGGGGCCUGGUCAAGGUCAGCUUGCUGGACCCAACCCACCAGGAAACAAUUGCUGGCCUGCACGACAAGCAGAUACGCGACAUCAAGUGCGGCGUUCUCGGCUCCGCGUCGGAGAAUCUGGUGCUGACUGCGUCGGAAGACAAGACGCUACAUGUCGUAUCUCUCCGCACCAACAGUUCGGUGCAAACGUUCACGCUUGAAGCCGGAACGUGGGCAUGCGAGUGGGACAGAAACGAUCCCAACUACAUUUACUGCGGCGUGCGCAAUGCCGUGUGGGUCUACGACAUGCGAAAUUCUACGAUCGCGCUUCCCAGGCCCACGUCGGCGGUCACACAACCGAUUCAUUCCCUAGGCUUCCUGCCCGACCACCAAGGUCGAAAAGGUCUCCUGGCCGCAUCGUGCGGGGGCGUGUUCUGCUUUGAUCUGCUGAACGAGUGGGAGGCCACCAAGCUCCCAUUGUCAGGAGUGUGUUCGUCGGUGUCGUAUGACCACGAGAGCAGGCACUGCGCGGCGUCGUUCCGCUCCUCCCCGCACUAUGCUAAGCAGUCUCACAACAUAUUUACGUUCGAGGAGGGCGCCAAGCCGAAGGAGCUGCGGACCUUGUACUCGACCUCUACACAGACACUGCUCUCUCGAAGCACCCUCUUUUCGUUUGUCGAUGGCGAUGACUUGGCCCUCAGCCGACGGCUCCUGCUGGCCGCUGGCUCCGAGGCCUCCAACGCGGUGGCGCUGUGGGACGUGGCAUCUGGGCAGCAGAUCGCCCACCAGCUGGCGCCCCACUCCUCGCCAGUCAUGGACGUGCGGCACUACGGUGAAGGCGGCGGUCUCUUCCUGGCGUCGCUAAGCGAGCAGCAGAUCUUCCUCCACAACCUCUCCGCGGGCUGA